AUGUCUGAUACAAACUUGCAGAACAUUUUUGAUAAUUUUGAUUAUGUUCUUAAUGAUUAUGAUAAUUUGGAAAGUAUAGCCUUUGCUAAAAAUCUUACAUCAAAGAGUAUUAUAGAGAAUAUUAGAAGUGAUAAUAAGAACAAAAAUAAUGAUAUAUUUUUAUUAAAAAAUAUCAAUGAUAUUGAUACCAAUACCAAAGUAAAUGUUAAUACAUCAAUAAUUUCAAUAUUUGAUUUAGAGUUGAUUACAUUAGGAUCAAUUGAUGGAAAUGAAUAUUUUGUUAUAAACGCAAUAAAUGCUAAUGAAUCUUUAUUAGAAUAUCCAAUUUUAGAUAUUAAUAAUGGUUCCAUUUAA